GGCGCUGUUGUCACUUUCCAUACCCAUAAGCGGGGGAGUGAGAGGUGCAUGAAAUGGAGAAAAAUGGCGGAUCAUGUGCAGGGCCUUGCCCAGCUGGAGAUCCUGUGUAAGCAGCUGUAUGAGACCACCGACACCGCCGUCCGACACCAGGCAGAGAAAGCUCUGGUGGAGUUCACCAACAGUCCCGACUGCCUCAGCAAAUGUCAGCUGCUGCUGGAGAGAGGCAGCUCAUCGUAUUCUCAGCUGCUCGCGGCCACCUGUUUGUCUAAACUGGUAUCUCGAACCAGCAACCCUCUACCGCUCGAACAACGCAUCGACAUCCGGAACUAUGUGCUGAAUUAUUUGGCCACGCGGCCGAAGUUAGCUGCGUUUGUGACGCAGGCUUUGAUCCAACUGUACGCCAGGAUCACCAAACUGGGCUGGUUCGACUGUCAGAAAGAUGACUACGUCUUCAGGAACGUCAUCGCUGAUGUGACACGCUUUCUACAGGACAGCGUGGAGCACUGCAUCAUCGGGGUUACUAUUCUGUCCCAACUGACGAAUGAGAUCAAUCAGGCCGACACAACGCAUCCUCUGACCAAACACAGGAAGAUCGCAUCAUCGUUCAGAGAUUCUUCGCUCUUCGACAUUUUCACUCUCUCCUGCAACCUCCUCAAACAGGCGUCGGGGAAGAACCUGAACCUGAACGAUGAGUCUCAGCACGGCCUCCUGAUGCAGCUGCUCAAACUCAGCUACAAUUGCCUCAACUACGACUUUAUAGGAACUUCCACAGAUGAGUCGUCGGACGACCUCUGCACCGUACAGAUCCCCACAUCAUGGAGAUCAGCGUUUCUUGAUUCCUCCACCCUGCAGCUCUUUUUCAAUUUAUAUCAUUCCAUCCCUCCGUCCCUUUCCCCAUUGGUGUUGUCGUGUCUAGUUCAGAUAGCCUCUGUCAGGCGGUCUCUCUUCAACAACGCAGAACGAGCAAAGUUUCUUUCACAUUUGGUGGACGGAGUGAAGAGGAUACUAGCAAACCCACAGUGUUUGCCCGAUCCUAAUAACUACCACGAGUUCUGUCGUCUACUGGCGAGGCUGAAGAGUAACUACCAGCUGGGGGAGCUGGUCAAAGUAGAAAACUACCCUGAAGUUAUUCGCCUCAUAGCCAACUUCACCGUCACCAGUCUGCAGCACUGGGAGUUUGCCCCCAACAGUGUUCACUACCUGCUGAGUCUAUGGCAGCGCCUGGCAGCGUCGGUCCCCUACGUCAAAGCCACCGAGCCUCAUCUGCUGGAGACGUACACUCCGGAGGUCACCAAGGCCUACAUCACGUCACGGCUGGAGUCGGUCCACGUCAUCCUCAGAGAUGGUUUAGAAGACCCUCUGGACGACGCCGGCCUGGUCCAGCAGCAGUUAGACCAGCUGUCCACCAUCGGGAGGUGUGAGUACGAGAAGACGUGCGCUCUGCUGGUGCAGCUGUUCGACCAGGCGGCUCAGACCUACCAGGAACUGCUACAGUCCACCAACUCGAGUGCUGCAGACAUCACUGUGCAGGAGGGUCGGUUGACAUGGUUGGUUUAUAUAAUCGGGGCAGUUAUAGGAGGACGGGUGUCGUUUGCGAGCACAGAUGAGCAGGACGCCAUGGAUGGAGAGUUAGUCUGUCGGGUGCUCCAGCUGAUGAAUCUGACUGACUCUCGGCUCGCUCAGGCAGGCAACGAGAGGCUGGAGCUGGCCAUGCUCAGCUUCUUUGAACAGUUCAGGAAGAUUUACAUCGGUGACCAGGUGCAGAAAUCAUCAAAGCUUUAUCGGCGACUAUCAGAAGUUCUGGGUCUGAACGACGAGACGAUGGUACUCAGUGUCUUUAUAGGGAAAAUCAUCACAAACUUGAAGUACUGGGGCCAGUGUGAACCAAUCACCUCCAAGACACUCCAACUACUGAACGACCUCUCUUUAGGGUACAGCAGUGUGAGGAAGCUAGUGAAGCUCAGCGCGGUCCAGUUCAUGUUGAAUAACCACACAAGCGAGCACUUCUCCUUCCUGGGAGUCAACAACCAGUCCAACCUGAGCGACAUGAGGUGUCGGACCACCUUCUACACAGCACUGGGGCGCCUGUUAAUGGUCGACCUUGGUGAGGACGAGGACCAGUUUGAACAGUUCAUGUUGCCUCUGACGGCUGCGUUUGAAACUGUGGCUCAGAUGUUGAGUACGAACACCUUCAACGAACAGGAAGCCAAGAGGACUCUGGUGGGUUUGGUCCGAGACCUGCGAGGCAUCGCGUUCGCCUUCAACGCCAAGACGAGCUUCAUGAUGCUGUUUGACUGGAUAUAUCCAGCCUACAUGCCCAUCCUGCAGAGGGCCAUAGAGCUGUGGUACCACGACCCAGCAUGCACCACACCUGUCCUCAAACUCAUGGCAGAGCUCGUUCACAACAGAUCCCAAAGGCUACAGUUUGACGUGUCGUCACCCAACGGUAUCCUGCUGUUCAGAGAAACCAGCAAGAUGAUCACGACCUACGGGAAUCGUAUCCUGACGCUGGGCGAAGUCCCAAAGGACCAGGUGUACGGCGUGAAGCUGAAGGGGGUCAGCGUGUGUUUCGCCAUGCUGAAGGCGGUGCUCAGCGGGAACUACGUCAACUUUGGGGUCUUCCGUCUGUACGGCGACGACGCGCUGGAUAACGCCUUACAGACCUUCAUCAAACUGCUGCUGUCCAUCCCUCACAGUGACUUACUGGACUACCCGAAGCUCAGCCAGUCCUUCUACUCUCUGCUGGAGGUGCUGACUCAGGACCACAUGAACUUUAUCGCCAGUCUGGAGCCGCACGUCGUCAUGUACAUCCUGUCUUCAAUAUCAGAAGGGCUCACCGCGCUCGAUACGAUGGUGUGCACCGGCUGCUGCUCCAGUCUGGACCACAUAGUGACCUACCUGUUCAAGCAGCUGUCUCGCUCCACCAAGAAGCGUCCCACUCCCAUGGCAACGGACGACCGCUUCCUCCACAUCAUGCAGCAGCACCCCGAGAUGAUCCAGCAGAUGCUGUCCACAGUGUUGAACAUCAUCAUCUUCGAGGACUGUAGGAACCAGUGGUCCAUGUCUCGACCUCUGUUAGGCCUCAUCCUGCUCAACGAGAAGUAUUUUGCUGACCUGAGGAACAGCAUCGUCAACAGUCAGCCUCCAGAGAAGCAGCAAGCCAUGCACUUAUGUUUCGAGAACUUGAUGGAGGGAAUAGAGAGAAAUCUACUAACAAAGAACAGAGACAGGUUUACCCAGAACCUGUCUGUCUUCAGGAGGGAGGUGAACGACAGCAUGAAGAACUCCACAUACGGCGUCAACAGCAACGACAUGAUGAGCUGACAUUCCACACAGACGAGUCUUACCACCCAGCUGCAGACAGAGCUCACCGCCCCUCCCCCGCUCCUCCACAGCCUCCCCGCCUCCCCCCUCUCUGCAUCAGCCUCC